AGAAUCUAGCCUAUUCAAUAGAUAGAUCGAGAGCCUAAAGAUUGUAUCGAUCUGGAAACAAUUUUACCAUGAUUCCAUCUGAUCUCGAUGCACUCUUCACGCGUGAAGAGGAGGAGUAAAACGAGAAGUUGGACAUUUUACUAUUUUGGUAGGCCUAGGCCUGGCCCAAAGUAAAUGAUACAGAACAGAGCAUAAACGAUUAAAAUGGAUGAAUAUAAAAAGAUCGUUAUCGAACUUGUAAGAAACAGUCCGUCACUCUGGGAUCCUUCAAAUAAAGAUUACAAGAAUAAAGAGCAGCGAAAGCUAGUUUGGGAAGAGAUAGAACAGAUCAUACAACCUCCACCAGGAGUGACCAUUGGUGCCAAAACCACUUGGGAUCAGCUCACUAGAGGAUUCUGUAACGCUUUAAAGAGAAAAAACAGAAAGUCAGGCAGAGGAUCAGCAAACAAAAAAGAAUGGAAAUUUCAAGAGGACAUGAUGUUUCUGAUACCAGCAAAGAAGUCUCGUGCCAUGCCAGGUUAUAUAGAUCCUGGCAUGGAAAGUGAUGAAUCUGAAAGGUCUUUCCAUGGUACUAGUGUCAACUGCAAUGUUGGUGAUGCUUUAGAAAGAACUGUGCAUUUUAACAAAGUAACUGUUAUUGAUGGCCCAGUAAAAAAAGAAUUGAACGGGCAAGAAGAAGAAGCCCAAAUGAAACUUGCUGUCACUAAACUACUUAACCUUAAUAGUAAACGAGACAAACUGAUUAAACAUGAAGAUGAACUAAUUAAAUGUUUUCAGCAACACCAGGAACAAAAGUUACUGGACAUAUCAAAAAGUUCGCCAAAAACAUUACAAACUGGCAGCACUGGUUGCACUAUAGAUCUGGCUGCGGUCGACACGCUUUCACCAAACAAUAAUGGAAAAUGGGUUAUAUUAUCAAUGGAGACUGAAACAAAGGAAGCUCAGGUUUUGUGCUCUCUUACGGGUCACACUCCACAGUGUCAUUUAGGACUGUCGUUUGGUCCUAACUUAGAGAUAAAGUUUACGAUCCAUGGAGGAAAUGCUCAGGUAUCUUUACUUGGACACUAUGGCAUGGGACCAAUGGCUGCAUUUGGAAACUCAUUGUUAGAUGAGUUAAAAAAAGACUUUCAGGCAUGGCUUGCUACCAAAGAUGUGAAAGACAAGUGACUACAAAACGUUUGCUGAAAGUUGGAAGAAGAACAUUUUAAAAAACUUAUUUACCACAUUAAACCUAGAGGGCUUUGCUGACGACCAUGACUAGAUCUGCCAUCUAGAGCUCAUCAUAAAUAUUUCAAAAUUUCUCAACAAUUGAAUGAAUGUCAAUAACAAUUAUA